CAGAGACCUCCUGGGGAGCCGCCGCCGCCUUCUCAGCCACCGCCGCCUCCGCCGCCUGCUCCAGCUCGAGGGACGCGAGCGGGCGGCGGGGCGGGCCGUGAGAGAGACACGAGAGGAAGGAGGGCGGGGGCGGAGUUGCCCGCCUUAGCUCCCGCCCCCGGCCGCGGCCCGCGGCUCUACCCGGCCCGCCCAGCCCCGGUGUGGCAGCGGCUCAUGGCGGCGGUGGGGCCCCCGCAGCAGCAGGUGCGAAUGGCCCAUCAGCAGGUCUGGGCGGCGCUCGAAGUGGCGCUCCGGGUGCCCUGCCUUUACAUCAUCGACGCCAUCUUCAACUCCUACCCCGAUUCCAGCCAAAGCCGGUUCUGCAUCGUGCUCCAGAUCUUUCUCCGGCUCCUUGGUAUAUUUGUAUCCAGUAUUGUUCUGAUCUUGUCCCAGCGAUCACUUUUCAAGUUUUACAUGUACAGCUCAGCCUUUCUGUUAGCUGCAACUUCAGUGUUGGUGAAUUACUAUGCCUCUUUGCACAUUGACUUCUAUGGUGGCUACAACACAUCAGCUUUUGGAAUUGAGCUGCUUCCUCGAAAAGGUCCCUCACUAUGGAUGGCAGUUAUCGUUCUACAGCUAACAUUUGGAAUUGGAUACAUUACACUACUCCAGAUUCAUUCCAUCUAUUCACAAUUAAUCAUUUUGGAUCUCUUGGUUCCUGUAAUAGGUUUAAUCACAGAGCUACCAUUACAUGUCAGAGAGACUUUAGUGUUUACCUCUUCCUUGAUUCUCACAUUAAAUACAGUGCUUGUCCUGGCAGUGAAACUGAAGUGGUUUUAUUAUUCCACACGAUAUGUUUAUCUUUUAGUGAGGCACAUGUAUCGAAUUUAUGGAUUACAGUUAUUGAUGGAAGACACAUGGAAGAGGAUUCGUUUCCCAGACAUACUGCGAGUCUUUUGGCUAACAAGAGUUACAGCUCAGGCUACAGUGUUAAUGUACAUCUUAAGGAUGGCAAAUGAAACUGAUUCCUUCUUUAUUUCUUGGGAUGAUUUUUGGGACCUCAUUUGCAAUCUUAUAAUUAGUGGAUGUGAUUCUACACUAACUGUGCUGGGCAUGAGUGCUGUAAUUUCCUCAGUAGCCCAUUAUUUGGGGCUUGGAAUAUUGGCCUUUAUUGGAUCAACUGAGGAAGAUGACAGGCGGCUUGGCUUUGUUGCACCAGUUUUAUUUUUUAUUUUGGCUCUUCAGACUGGGUUAAGUGGGCUAAGACCAGAAGAGAGACUUAUUCGCUUAAGUAGAAACAUGUGCCUUCUAUUAACUGCAGUCCUGCAUUUCAUCCACGGAAUGACAGACCCUGUAUUAAUGUCUCUCAGUGCCUCUCAUGUGUCAUCUUUUCGUAGACAUUUUCCUGUGCUGUUUGUCUCUGCUUGCCUGUUUAUUCUUCCUGUCUUACUCAGUUAUGUUCUUUGGCAUCACUAUGCACUAAAUACAUGGUUGUUUGCAGUUACAGCAUUUUGUGUGGAACUGUGCUUAAAAGUAAUUGUUUCUCUCACUGUUUAUACCUUAUUCAUGAUUGACGGCUACUAUAAUGUCCUCUGGGAAAAGCUUGACGAUUAUGUCUACUACGUUCGUUCAACAGGAAGUAUUAUUGAAUUUAUAUUUGGAGUUGUAAUGUUUGGAAAUGGAGCUUACACUAUGAUGUUUGAGUCAGGAAGUAAAAUUCGGGCUUUUAUGAUGUGCCUACAUGCAUAUUUUAACAUCUACUUACAAGCCAAAAAUGGCUGGAAGACAUUCAUGAAUCGUAGGACUGCUGUGAAGAAAAUUAAUUCACUUCCUGAAAUAAAAGGUAGCCGCUUACAAGAAAUAGAUGAUGUAUGUGCAAUCUGCUAUCAUGAGUUUACAACAUCUGCUCGUAUUACACCAUGUAAUCAUUAUUUCCAUGCACUUUGCCUUCGGAAAUGGCUGUACAUUCAAGAUACUUGUCCAAUGUGCCAUCAAAAAGUAUACAACGAAGAUGAUAUCAAAGAUAACGCAAAUGUAUCUAACAACAAUGGAUUUAUUGCACCCAAUGAAAAUCCAGAGGAACCUAUAAGAGAAGCUGCUGCUGAAUCUGACAGGGAAUUGAACGAAGAUGACAGUACAGAUUGUGAUGAUGAUGUUCAAAGAGAAAGAAACGGAGUCAUUCAGCACACAGGCACAGCAGCUGAAGAACUUAAUGAUGAUACUGACUGAUUAAAAUAGCAUUUAUUAAUCAUUGAGGCAUUUGUUUAAAAUUCAGUUCAUCCAAAAUGGAGUAAUAUCCUUCACCUUCAGUGUGUAACCAAGCACAAAAACAGUAUCAAUGUUGAAUCUGUGAAUGGUUUUCCGUUUACUGUGAUGUGCUACUGUAAAUAUACCUCUUUAAUUACUUCUGGUCUCUUUGGUGACCUGUUUAAAUUUGUGUACAUUAUUGUACAUAGAAUAAAAUGUUUUCACAUUUUUAUGACAAAAUUUGAACAAAUAGCUUUUUAAUAGAUGUAAUGCAUGUGGUGCGUCAACUGUGCCAAAGAUUCUUAAUGAGAUUAUAUAGUGUAUCUAACUUUGGACCUCAGUUUUUCUUUAGAAU